UAUUGAUGUGAUUACAUUGUUAUAUUUUAGAGGCUUCAGGAUUUGUUUCCUCCUCUUUUGUCUCUUUCUUUGACAUAAUGUUUCUGAAUUGCUCUCGAUCAUCUAUUGGCAGAAAUGAAGCAACAUGCUUCACUUGAUCGUUACGACCAGGUUCUUUGUUCGCUAAAAAAUGUUUUAAAUAUAAAAAACACUGUAUGCACAUCGAACAACAACAAACUACUGCAGUUAUUCACAAGAUCCCUUCAGUAUGUGAGUUUUGUAUUUCUUUUCCGCCCAUACCUUCAUAAGCAGAAACAUAAAGAAAUCAGAGACAACAUGGAGCUUCAUGUCUCACCCACGAACAUGUGAACAUCUUGAAUUGGGAAGUUGAGGUGAUACCACUGGUCUUCAACCUCUGAGAUCAUUUCCUACAAUGCUGCUGUCCUAACUUGGUAAAAAGCAGCUCCUGGUUCCACACUUUGCUUCUGGACCCUCACUUAAUGAGAAGCCAUUGGCUUCUGGAGGAAUGGACUCUGUUGAAGUUUUAAAUGACUGGAUCUGAUUUUAAUCAAUCUCUAACAUGUGGCUGUGACUUACGUAAUGCACCGUUUUGAUCAUGAGGGAAGUUACGUCAUAAGAUUUCCCAGGGUUCGUGUGCCAAGCCAAAAAGGGCCACAGUGUAUUUGUUAUCAUAAAAUAACUUAGACAUUUCUUUUGCUUUGACUUUAAUGUCUCAAGCGCGACCGACACAGACUGAAUGGCUUCCUUUGCUGAAACAGGCGGACUAAAAUGAUAAAACAGAGCAGAAAAUCAACGCCAUCGUUCACGACCCCUUCUUCUGUUCACUGACAGGCCAGAAUCCUGAAAAACCAAACUGAGUGGGACAAAUCCCAAACAUUUCAUGAGAUAAAACUGGUCCUAACAGUUCAGCCAAGCCAUACGAACACAUGAUCCAAAUACAUUUCAAUGGGAGAAGAAAAGAUAAACAUGUCACCCGUAUAAAGAGUGGCUUGUGCUCACUGUCUCUGUCCUCACACACAGCUACUUGAGCCAGAAGAGCACGCCACACUUUUCAGAUUUUUGCUUUGAAAAACAAUUUAAAAAAAACAAUAUCUCAGUUUGGUUUCACUUCGCAGAUCUAUUCUAAUUAAUUUUGGUUUACCAUAAAAUCUAUAAAAUACGUUGAAAUCUUCAGUUGUAACACAACGUGGGUCAAAGUUCACAGGGUGCAAAUACUUGUGUAAAAUCAGAACAUGGUGCAUCACAGUGCAUGUUGCUGAUGGCUCAGUUUCCAGACAGAACAUGAUGAGAGUUCUACAGUUUUACUGCAUUCAGGGACUAAAGAAAAAAUUAAUAAAUAAAUAAAAUUGGCUUUCCAAUUACGAGCCAGAUGAACAGAUCAACAAAAAAACGAGCCAGUAGCAACUUUUGGUUAACUGACAGAUGCGCUUGCAUAUUUCUUCACUGUACAGAAAACAAAUGAUAACUAUUAUAACUGUCAUCAAUAAUAGUUAACUGAUUAAUCGACUAAUUUGUUUAUUUGUCAAAUGACCAAAUGUAAGUGAAUGAACUGUUUCCUGUAAAUUUACUUUAUCACAAAAUUAUUUUAAAUUUGACAUCAAAUUAUUUUUCAACAACAUAUAAUUUUGCGAUUACUUAUUUACAAUUUCCUGUAUAUUAAAUGUUUUCUCUCUUUUUUUAAGCAUUAAAUGUCCGGAGAAAAUAGGAACUCUUUUCUGCGUAAAGGACACAAACAGGAAAAGGAAAGAAAGUAAGAAAGAAAGAAAAAGAAAGAACCCGCACAGAAUCGUUGUGGUGGUUUGGUAUGAAUUCCAAAAACAUGGUUUCAUAUUUUGGAAGUCGCUCUGUUUUUCAAAAGAAAAAGGGAAAAAAAAAAUCUUUCUUCUUCCCCCAUGCGCUUCUUCUCGCCGCCUUCCUCUGCGCUGCAGAGCUGCAGUGAUGUCAGCCUGCCUGGGUCAUUUGAAGGUCAGCAGCCUCGGAAGGGUUCACCCAAAGUUCACUCGCAUACAUUAGGCAAUUCAAUCUUUCAUUCUCGGUGGCAAAACUAGUUGGAAAUGAGCAGCACUGGUGGGACGGAUAACCCAUUCGUCAUCGCGGAGGGGAACGGCUGCUUUUUAAACACCGUUCGUGAUUAUUUUCUGCUCUUAGAAUAAUAAAGAAGCUCCGCUCCGAGCAGGCGGCAGCGCGAGCGCUUCAGCCGAGAGCCGGGACGGGGAGAUCCGCUGCGAACACGGCGGAGCGGCGCUGGCUAUGGAGGAACCCCGUCCGGAGGUCCGCUGCAGCGCGCUGACCGCUCCCGGUGCCAGAGACCCGAGCAGGGGCAUCUAGGACAAGCUGCGGGACCAACGUAAUUCAUGAUUCCGGUGCGGGACGGAGGAGAAGAAGAGGAGAGAAAUCCGUUGCGCCGAGAAGAAGAAGAAGAAGACGAGAGGGGGAGGGAAAAAAGAGGAGGAGGGGUGAAGAAGAGGAGUUUGAUGGAGUUGUGUGCGUCUAUGCCGGCGAUUUUCCUGCAGAACGCACACGAGUGAGUGGACAAAGUGGUCAUGUUUGACUGCAUGGACAUGCUGGCCGUGAGUCCCGGGCAGAUGCUGGACUUCUACACGUCCAGCCCGUCGUCCUGCAUGCUGCAGGAGAAAGCUCUGAAAGCCUGCAUCAGCGGACUGGCGCACAGAGAGUGGCAGCACCGGCGGAGCGCACACUCCAUCGAAACGCAGAGCACCAGUUCUGAGGAGUUGGUCCCCAGCCCGCCGUCGCCACCACCUCCACCCAGAGUCUACAAGCCCUGUUUCGUCUGCCAGGACAAAUCCUCUGGAUAUCACUAUGGAGUCAGUGCGUGUGAGGGCUGUAAGGGCUUUUUCCGUCGAAGCAUUCAGAAGAACAUGGUGUACACAUGUCACCGGGACAAGAACUGCAUCAUCAACAAAGUGACGAGGAACCGCUGCCAGUACUGUCGCCUGCAGAAGUGCUUCGCUGUGGGAAUGUCCAAAGAGUCUGUUCGGAACGACCGGAAUAAGAAGAAGAAGGAAAGUCCGAAGCCAGAACUGGCAGAGAGCUACGAGCUGACGGCGGAGCUGGAGACCAUCAUCGAGAAGAUCCGUAAGGCCCAUCAAGAAACCUUCCCCUCCCUUUGCCAGCUUGGCAAAUACACCACGAACUCGAGUGCAGACCACCGUGUGAGGCUGGACCUGGGCCUGUGGGACAAGUUCAGCGAGCUGGCCACCAAGUGCAUUAUCAAGAUCGUGGAGUUUGCCAAACGAGUGCCUGGCUUUACAGGGCUGACCAUCGCUGAUCAGAUCACACUUCUGAAAGCUGCCUGCCUGGACAUACUGAUCCUGCGUAUCUGCACACGGUACACUCCUGACCAGGAUACCAUGACCUUUUCAGACGGACUGACCCUAAAUCGGACACAGAUGCACAACGCUGGCUUCGGCCCGCUCACCGACUUGGUGUUCACGUUUGCCAACCAGCUGCUGCCCAUUGAGAUGGACGACACAGAGACGGGUCUUCUCAGCGCCAUCUGUCUCAUCUCAGGAGACCGUCAAGAUCUGGAGGAGCCCUCCAAGGUGGAUCAGCUCCAGGAGCCACUGCUGGAGGCUCUGAAGAUCUACGUGAGGAAGCGCCGACCAAGCAAGCCACACAUGUUCCCCAAAACCCUUAUGAAGAUCACGGACCUGCGCAGCAUCAGCGCUAAAGGAGCCGAGCGAGUCAUUUCUCUGAAGAUGGAGAUUCCAGGUUCCAUGCCUCCUCUCAUCCAGGAGAUGCUGGAAAACUCAGAAGGACAGGACAGUCAGAUCAGCAGCAGCAGCAGCAGCAGCAGCAGCAGCAGCACGUCCACUGAGGCCGGGGCCAGUCCCAGUACCAAGGACAACGAGUCGCCAGAGUCCUCGGACCCCGACGAGGCCACGCCCCCCCCGCCCAGCACCGAGCCCUAGGAGGCACCAGGUGUCUCUCUAACUCGUUCAGACAUUCCUUUGCACAAAAAGAUCAGCCAACAAGGAGCUGACCCUCUAUAACCUCUUUAUUCCUUCUCUUUUGCUUGGUGUAACAUUAACUUUAAAUCCUUCUAUUUUUCUCUCCAAUUUACUCAAAAUUUUUUCUCCUCAAAAAGAAAACAACACGGAGGCCUCAAAGGAUGAGUGCUCUGCGUUUGGCUGUGGGUGGAGCUGUAGUUUGGGGUCAGGACUCAGGAGGAGGGCCCUUGGGGGCCUCCCCAAACACCACAGAUGAUACUCCUCAGGUCUCCUGUGUAAAUUCGUAUCUGCAUGACAGGAGUUUGAUAACGAUUUCUCUCUCUGUGUUUCUCCGUCAUCUCUGUCCAUCAGUGGUACUGCUGGCAUACACACACUGUACAUACCAUGAUAUGGUCAGGCCUCUGUUUGUAGGAUGAGUUUUGUGGUGCUUGUCCCAUCAUGUUGAUUAUUUUCAAGGUUUAAAGCAGAACUAAUUUUAAGUUCUUUUUUAAAAAAAAAUAUCUAGAAUGUUAUUGCACAUAGAUAUGACUGAGGUCAGACAUUUUCCAUCUGUUUGUAUAUUUAAAACUGCUCUUCAGUCUUACGUGACGUGUGUGUUGUUCAUGGAUGUGUGUGCAUCCACACCGGCAGAAUGCAGCGCUUCCCUCCAUACCUGCAGCUGAGUCCGUUCAGCUGUUUCCUCAGGGAGGGAAGCUAACAGCAGAGGCUUUGAUACACACUCAUCAGACUGACCGGGUCAGACCUGAGCGAGCAGAUUCACAUACACACAUGCCUGCGGACGCACACACACAUGCACAAACAGAGAGGCUGUCUGCCCAGAAAAACAGCCGAGACAAGAGGCUAAAACGCCAUCAGCCUCAUCAAAAUCUGACACAAUUCUUGCACUUUAUGUUUUGUUACUGACUGCACAAAAAACCAAAAUCUACUUUUUUGUAAAGUUUGACCUGUUGAAAAAAGUUGCUAAUGAUUCCAAACACUGUUUGAGAACUAUAAGAGGAACAGAAAUGUUUUGCUAGCGCAGCAGCAGACGCACUUAUCUUUACCAUAGGAAAAUGCAAUUAAGGCAGCUAGCAUGAUUAGCAUUAGAAAUGAAGCCCUCUAUGUGUUCCCUUGGAAGUCAGACAUAAACUUUCUGAAAUCCUACCAACAUUCACAGAUCCAACAUGUUCCUUGACAACAGACUGGAAGCGAAAGAGGACAAAGCCUUUGUUCAGCCUUCCUGUUAUCUGCUGAAAGUCUUUCUCUGUCUUAGAUCCUAAUAGAACUGCAGACUUAAUCCUAUUAGGGCUGCAUCGAUUGCAGUUAUUUUUAAAAAUCCUCACCUCCCGAUUCCAAUUUUGACUAAUACCAAUAUUUUUGUCUGAAGAGUCACUAAAUAUAGAGACAAAGUUUCUAAGUUGUCAACAGUGGAGUGAGUACUGCUAACCGCUAACGUACAGAUGUGACCCCUUUGGCUGACAGCAGCUGCUCAGAUUGUCAGUCAUCCGAUUUAUCAACCGGCCAGUUUAUUAGUUCAGCUCUAGUCACUACCUCUCUGCCCGGAGAGCAACGUUUCAUAUUUAUGGAGCGUCAUACAAGUCUUCUGACUUAAUCUGAAACUAACUGAAAAUGUUUGAGUGUUCUCCAAGUAGAAACAUCCACACCAUAUGGAGUACAGAUGGAUUUCUAAGAGGCACACCACAACCCAUCAAUCUGAAGACCAUCUGGUUCUGGUUACCAGCUGAUGUAUCGAUGAUUCUCUGGGAUAAAACCUUUCAUAUCAGGGCUGAAUGAUUCAACUAUGUUCAUCUGGAAGGAUUCAGCUAUCUCAUCUGUAAAAAUGAGAUAGCUUCUUUUUUUUAUUGCAAAACAAAGAAAUCAGGUGAGAUUUAGGACUAUUCCUAAUCUAGGUCAUUGUUCCUGGCAGAUCCAACCCAAAACCCUGGUCUGCCUUCAUAGUAAAUGUUUCUGCCUCAGUGAUCGAACUGUUUGUUUUUUUUUCCUUCCAUUCUGACAUCAGCCUGUAGCUGGUUUAUAUUUCCCAGAAUGAAGUCGGCCUAAUGAGUGUGUAUCUGCUGCUGUCGACGGCGCCGGAGCUCUGCUGUGGCCUUAUGAACAGAGCUCUGCAUCUCACCUUCCUCCUCCCUCAUUAAGUGUCUUGUUUGAACCAGUGAAACACGGGGGGCAAUGCAAUCCUUAAACACACUAAACACCGGAACACCGGGCCGCAUGGGUCCGGAUGAUUGUAGCUAACGCAGAAAGCACACUGUGGGGUGGGAUCUGUAGCUCUGCUCCAAAUGUUUGCCUUGCUCUUCUGACCUGACUGUGUAAGCUUUACCUAACGAUGCAAAAGGAGAUUCCAGAUGACCUCUGACCCCUCCAGACGGCCAGCUGAGUAAACGCUUCCUUUGGGAGGCGAAUCCGGCUGAGCUGGUAUGGAGGCGUUAGGAGGUUCCUCUGAAACUAAAAUCCUGGAGAGCUGCCUUUCUUCACAGCCAAGGUCACAUGUGAAGCUGAACCUUAAGAGAAAAGACACUGUUAUGUCUUCCUGAAGGACCCAGAGCCUCCACUGCCUCAGGGUCCAUCAGCUCUGGUGUGGUAAUUCAUAUCUCAGCACAGAUUAUAUUUUUUAACGCAUUAACUAAAAGCAAUACUUUUUCAUGUUGAAAAGAGUCAUAUUCACUUCUUUGUUGACAGUAAAGUGACUGAAUCUCGUUUUAAAGUCUGUUUUGCUGAAGGAAACGUUUUUUUUAAGCAAAAUUCCCACUGAAGAUCUAUAAGGAAAACAUCGACUUAGCUGCAAAAAAUUAACAAGAAAGAAACUUCCACACUACUACAUCUCAGAGUUAAAGGAAUGGAUUGGAUUUUGGGAAGUGGGGUUAUGUUGAGAGGUUGUGGGUAGAAAAUAUCUCACCUGAAGUUGAUGGUUAUAUUAGCGCCUACGCUUCAGUGAAGCAGAGCCUCAUUUUAGAGCUAAACAGAGCUAGUCAGGUCUGAUCCAAAACACCAGGACAUAAGUGCCUUCAAACAACUCCAGUCUCUAAAUGUGACUGCAGGGCUUAAAAUGAAUUUCAUUUACCUCUAAAGAGUAGAACAGACUUUAUUGAUCCUAAAAAGGGAAAUUGCUUAUUUGUUGUUGACUCCAUCCAAAAGUGUUAAAUAUUACACUUCAGAUGCUUAUGGUUAUACACACAUGACCAUAAGCAUCUGAAGUGUAAUAGUGUGAUAUUAUGUUGGUAAAAAAAAAAAAAAAAUACCACAGUUUCAUAGUAAUAAAAAUUUAAACCAGAAAAGCAAUAAUAAUUCCUAUUGUUGCUUAAUCAGUCUAUGACACUGAACACAGUGGAGCCCCAGUAUUGGUGGAGGUUAAGGACCACGACCGCCCCAUCUGAACAUAACUUUCUAUUUCAAUAAGCAGUUAUGUUUAUUACUGUUAUCUCAUAAAUGUAACUCAAUAUGCGCUAUAUUGGAAACCGUCUUAGCACUACAGCAGAAGCUAACUUUCAUCAUCUUCCUAAUCUUCACUCUUAGGGGUUCAGCCAACCAGUACCAAAUGACAUAAAUGGCCCUCCUGGAUUGGCUGCUUUGUAAACUCCAGCCAGUAGAGUUUCAAGUAGCAUUUCGCCAGUGUAUUUUCUUUCGAAUAUUUCAGAUAAGCUCUACAAAAAUCUCUGUGAAUAGGUACAUUUUCCACAAAUGACAGGAAAUUUUGUUCUACAGAAAAAUGUACAUAUAGGGGUCUUCUGUUUUAACUUGGUAUUAAUGUUAUAACAUAGAUUUAUUUUUUAUUUUGGCAUUUAAACAAGCAAACAAACACCUAGAAUGUGUAGCUCUGUUCCCUUCACUGCAAAACCACUAAAUCUAAUCCAGUAUUUUUGUUGUGUUUUUAGAGUAAAUAUUUUAAACUCAUUAGACAAAAUGAACCUACCAGUAACUUUUCAGCAAGAUACUGGAGCUUUUUUAAGUCAAAAUAUUUCCUUAAUCUGCCAGUGGAACAUUAGUUCCACUGGCAGGUUUUUUCCAUUUAUAACAAGUUAUAAGUUUAAACUUGUUAUAAGUUCAAAAAUCUGGCAGUGGAACUAGAACAUUUUCAUCAAUACUAAAAAAUUAGUGAUUUUAACCAAGCUCUUAUAUCCUCCCUAUUGUUUUCCUAUUGUUAAAAGCUUUAGCUAGGAUCUGUAAUCAUUGCAAUAAAGACACUAAAAGCUUUUUUCUAUUUGCUGGUCAGAACCUCUACAGAACCCCACUUCAGAAGACCUGAGCGAAUCCUUUAACUUGGUCUGCUUCAGUUUUAAUACAGGGUGAUGAUAUACUCUUUAAUUUUAUGACAGUUAUUUAAAUAUGAACAUGAUUUCAAAAUCCAAAUUGAACUAUCGAAGUGUUUUUCCCUAUACAUCGCCUCUGCUGAUUCAUUCUUGUAUUUGAUGGGAAGCAGCAAAGCGAGUCGACUCUAAGGCAGCGACGGGUUCUGGGUCUCCAAGGCGCAUAACAAACAUCCAUCUGCAUUCCUUCCAUCCCGGCUCAGAAAUACAUAUCAUAAGGGAAGCCAGAGCAGUUUCAGCUUUUUGAUUUUUUUUUUCUUUUCUUUUUUGCUUGUUUGAAUGUGAAUAAUAACACGGAGUGUCAGAAGAAUGAUAUGCAGUGUUGAGUACUUACACUUAUGUCUUUGAAACAGAGGAAAUUCUCUCUCUCUCUCUCUCUCUUUCUUUCUCUUUCUCUCUCCUGGUGAGAGAUGAAGGGAGAGGUGCUGGUUUUUGUGUUUGGCUAGUUUUUAUCUUCUGUAAGCUGGUAAACUUUAACAGCUGAAGAAUGUCCACAGCUGCCCCUGAAGCGUCAAGCGGCCCUGAGGCAUUGGGACUGAUCGCUGCUUCCUUUAGGACUCAACUCCACCGUCUGGAUUCCUCGUCCUGUUCUGCUGAAUGUCGUACUGCCGUAACUGUAAGACUCUACUAUCUAGCUCACUGCAGAGAUGUUAUAUAAAUGCUGUGUGCUUUGCAUUCCAAUUGGCAGCUCUGUGGGAAAAGACGCUCACUCGUCCUUGGAAACACGAACUCUCACUGAAGGAAAGGAAGCAACUGGAACGUGGAGAGCUGAUCUGAACGCAGGUGUGACAUGAAUAGGACAAAUGGACCAACACUCUAUACCACUGACUUGUUCUGUUUGAGGCACUGUUGCCCCAAGAUUUCAAACUGCUGUCAUCAAACAAUCAACCCAAUCAGCUGACAGCUGUUUGAUCAGAGGGUUACCUUCUGCAGGGCGUGGUCGGUGUGUGGCUUCGUUAGCAGAGUUCAGACAUCAGACAUCUCCUCCACACACAUCUUCCCCUCAGAAGAGAUUCUAUAGAUGAUUGUUCAAACUUUUAAGUGUUGAGGCUGGCUGGUCACAAAAGCAACAGAAUAUCAUUAAAAUAAUAAUUUAUUUCAGUAACUGAAUUUUUUAAAAAAAUGGAAGAUUGUAUUACAUUCAUUACACAUACAUUCCUUAGCGUGUGUUUCUGUUCAUCUUGAGGAUGAAAACCCAAAAUCCAGCUUUCAGAACUAGAAUUGUACACAAGACAAAUAAAAAGAGAGGCUUUUAAUUUGAAAUGGAAUUAGCCUACACAAGUGGUUCCCAAAGAUUUUAUGGGCCCCCUGUGGAUUACAAUAACAUCCCCCCAAAAAGGAACAAAUAAAUCAACUGGACACACACAUUGUUCAACCAGACGUAAACCUAUGUACAUAUUUUGUUUUCAAACUCCACUGAAGUUUAUUUCACACUUCAGGUUGCAACAAAUCACACUACAAACCAUCUUUACAGUGAAACACUUUUGUGUAACUGUUUUUUUUUCAAUUCAUCCAUAGCCCUUCCUGUGCCCCCCCCUGCAAUGUCACUGCGACCCCCUAAGGGGUGCGCCCCACACUUUGGGAACCACUGACCUACACCAUCAGGGGUGGUGUAGGUUGAUAGUUGUCCACCUUAUGGAAGGUGUUGACUGUCGGGAGCUGGCUGUUCACAAGAGGAAGAAGAAAAACAUGGCAGAAGUAAAUAUGGUGCUCAAGUAAAAUGAAUGGCUGAUGGUUGAAAGGAUUGUGAAACAGAGAAUGUUGAAGAGUUUGAAGUGCAGGAGUCAGAGCCUCAAAGGCACCACACAUAGAAACAUCCAAGACAUGGACUACAACUCCCACAUUCGAGGUGUGGAAGCCAUCCUGAGCCAGAGACAGUGGGCUGUUGUUUGGUGGUCCAGUGUCCGGUCAGAUGAAAGUAAAGUCUACUUUUCAUUUGGAAGUCCAAGUCCGAGUCAGUGACUGUUUGGGUUUCCAUGUCAUCUAUCUGGUUCUGAUCCACUGGGCUUGAUCAGGUCAAAGAGCAGCCCUCUAGGUUUCCCUCUGCCUACAAGCUACAUAGAGAUGCUGAUUUUUCAGCAGGCUCUGGUACCGACCCAACUACCGACUGCCAAAAGUAUCAGUACCUGCUAUGGCGACCAUGUAUUACCAGCAAACGGGCCCGACCUGAACGCCAUGGGCUGUCAGUGGGGAAUGAGAGACAGCAGAACCAUCAUUACCAAUGAGUUGAAGGCCCAGAACACUUCAGCAGAACCACAGGAUUAUCUCCUCCAUGCUACACUGCACUGAUGCAGUAAUUCAUGCAACAGGAGCCCAGACUGGAUCUGGAUUAAAAAGUCUUUUUUAUUGGUCUGAUGUAAUUAUUAUACCUUUUUUGUUUUUGCUGCUAUCUUGAAAAUGAAUAGAAAACAACUUGGAAUCCAUCUUUAUGUGUGUUUUAUCUAUGUGGGUGAAUGUACAUUCUUUUCAGUUCAGUGAAAAGCUUAAUCUCUAAUACAAAUUAAAUGUUUUAAAUCCAACUAAUUUUUUUUGUGUAAUGGAACUGAAGCAAUGAAAUAAACCAUCUUUUUAAUGAUAUUCCAUUGUCUUGAGGUGAACUUACAUAGAAUCUCUGCAUCCUGCCAUCAGUGGGCUGUUCCUGCUGCCGGCAGUCAUGAUGCUGCCACUGCCUGGGUGGCUCAGAGGGCUCCACCCAGCAAAUGCCUCACUGACCAGAAGGUGUCAUAUACAUUACAUAGGUCCUGGAAACAUUAAUCCAAUGUUUCCAGGACCUAUAGGCUGUCAAGUCUGUCACUGAACAGCUUCUGUGAGCCACGUUGGCCUCGUCCUGCACAGGAGCCAUUGGGUCCUGACUCUGAGCUUCAGUACCAGUCUAUAAAGCGGCACUGUGUAACUUGCAGAAACAAUAUGUUUUUCACAUAUUUGUUAAAACUAUCUCCAUGUCGAGACAAUCAGCGACAGAAAUGGAGCUCCUCUGCCUCCUGCCUGUGGUCCUGCUGCCAUCUGCAGAGAUACUGUCAGAAACAACCAGGAGGCGUGUAUUAGCGCUGUAAUCACACUUAUGUACAUACCGCUAAAUGUGCUAAUGGUGGAGGAAAAACUUAGUGUUACAGUAAUCUCUGCCACCAUCAGUGGCUAUGCUAAUUAGCCUAGCAUUCACAUUAGGCUCAGUAGUAAUGAGUGGUGUAUUUCAGCAGACAGUUGCAGCACCACAGGAAGGAGGCAGCCUUUUUUUUUUUUUUUUUUUUUUUUUACAGAUUGUCUGUCUCAUAAUAUUAAUGCUUUAACAAGUAUGUAAAAAAGAAAAAAAACAAAAACAUAUUGCAUAUCCGUUGCAUACUGCAGCUUUAGCAUCAGCUCUGUGUUUGUUCUUGAUAAACAUCCCAAAGUGUCUGCAGUCGCCUUCUUCUGUUCAGAUUUGGAGAACCUGCCUACUGUCAUGCAAAGUCUCUGUGACUGAGACAUGACGCUCAUAUCUUCAUGAACACCAGUUCCACAGGGAGCCGUUGGCCCCGCCCCCUCCUUACAGGGUGACCCAACCAAGGCAUGAGCUUCGACACGUUCUGCCCUACGUAUUAAAUAUUGUCUUUGUUUGUAUAUUAACAUAUGCUUUUUAUGUUCAUGUACUGUUUAACUUUACCAUGAACUG